AAUGGCCGGGUGUAUCGCCGCCACCAACGCGAGCCCAUGGAGUACGUCCGUGCCGGUGUACGUUCCGGGAGUGAUCUCUCCGUCGCAAGCCGCCUUCUACAACGACGGCCCCUCCGCCACUCCCGGGUGCGUGACGCCUAACUUGUCGCCGCACUACCAGGAUGCGCUGCCGCACGGCGGCUUCAACCCCAACAACCUCUACUCCCCGGCGUACGAGCAGCGCGAGCCAGGACCCGGUCCGGACGGCGACCCUUUCACCGGCCGCAGGGGUCCGCUCGAAUACGACGGCGCCGGUGCUGAGGAGGACGACGGGGUUGAGGAGGAGGACGACGAGGAAGAGGACGGGGUGGAGGACGACGAGAAGGACGACGAUGAG